CCCGGCGGGGACGCGCCAGCCGAAGGGGCGAGCGGACGGGUUCGGGCUCGGUCCCGCGCCCGGCGCCGGCUCCGGUCUCGGUGCGGGCUGGUUCCCCAAAGUGAUGCCAGAGUCCCUGUAGCCGACUUUGCUUGCAGAGGGGCCAUGGCCACCUAGUGCCCCUGGGACCGGUGGAGUCACAGGCCGGAAAUGGCAGCACAGAGGAUCCGGGCGGCUAACUCGGGUGGGCUGCCACGGUGCAAGUCGGAGGGGACACUCAUCGACCUCGGCGAGGGCUUUGCUGAGACAAGCCUCCAUGACAUCAAAGUGCCUUCUCCUAGUGCCUUGCUGGUUGACAAUCCCACAUCCUUCGGAAAUGCGAAAGAAGUAAUAGCAAUCAAAGAUUACUGUCCAACCAAUUUCACCACUCUGAAGUUCUCCAAGGGGGACCACCUUUUUGUCUUGGACACAUCAGGAGGUGAGUGGUGGUACGCUCACAACACUAUGGAAAUGGGUUACAUACCUUCCUCCUACGUCCAGCCUGUGAACUACUGCAACUCUUCCUUAACCGACAGUGGGAUGAUAGACAAUCUAUUGGAGAGCUCUGACGAGGGAGUCAAGGAGUUAGACCUGCUUGGAGAAUGGACUGACGUGAAAAGAAACUCUGAGAAAACCUACAGUAACAACCCAUUCUUGAACAAAGUCCAGAUGAACCCAUUUCUGAAUGGGAAUUUGCAAACAGUGCCGGGCCCGGAUAAAGAGUCCAGCUCAAAGGUUGCAGUUGACUUGCUGCUCUUUGACCCAGAGACUCCUACUGCAGCUGUUUCCAGUUUGGCUACCAAUAGUAGCCUGGAUAACAUUUUUUCUGAGUUUCCAUUCACUAACAGGCUGGAUCUGGAACAGCCUAUGAAAAGGGACAAUCCUUUCUUCAGAAGUAAACGCUCCUACAGUUUGUCUGAACUGUCCGUUCUUCAGGCUAAGUCGGAUGUUCCGGCAUCAUCAGGUUUCUUCAGUGGUUUGAAGUCUCCCACCCCUGAACAGUUUCAGAGCCGGGAAGAUUUUAGGACAGCGUGGCUGAACCACAGGAAGCUGGCUCGAUCUUGCCAUGACUUGGAUUUGCUUGGUCAAAAUCCUGGCUGGGGUCAGACACAACCGGUGGAGACCAACAUUGUCUGCAAGCUGGACAGCUCAGGUGGAGCCGUCCAGCUUCCAGACACCAACAUCAGCAUCCAUGUGCCAGAGGGCCAUGUGUGCCCUGGGGAAAUGCAGCAGAUCUCAAUGAAAGCAAUGCUGGAUCCACCAUUGGAGCUGAACAGUGACAAGUGCAGCACCAUUAGCCCAGUCCUCCAGAUCAAACUCAGCAACAUGGAGGUGAAAACUUUCAUCAUUCUGGAGAUGAAGGUGUCAGCAGAAGUGAAAAAUGAUAUAAUGAGCAAGAGUCUGGUAGGACUGCAGUGCCUGCGGAGUGACAUGAAAGAGGGUCCCUACACACCAAUGCAGCUGAGCUAUUCUUAUGGGGACAUGAUCCAGGUGCAGUUGGAGAAUCUGGAGCCUUGCAUGUACGUCGCAGCUGUAGCCCAGGGGCAGAACAUCCUCUACCCUUACACUGUUUGGGAUUACAUCAGCAAGAAGAUCACAGUUGGUGUCUAUGGUCCAAAACACAUUCACCCUUCCUUUAAAACUGUUGUGGCCGUAUUUGGGCAUGAAUGUGUGCCCAAGACUCUCCUAGUGAGCGAGGUUACAAGACAGUCCCACAGUCCAGCUCCUGUUGCCCUGCAUCUCUGGGGUAAGCAUCAGUUUGCUCUGUCCCGACCUCAGGACCUCAAGCUCUGCAUGUUCUCCAACAUGACCAACUAUGAGGUGAAAGCUAGUGAGCAAGCUAAAAUUGUGCGGGGCUUCCAGAUGAAGCUGGGCAAGGUCAGCCGCCUUAUUUUCCCCAUUGUUUCCCAUGACCCCAACGAGCUGUCAGACUUCACGCUGAGGAUACAGGUCAAGGAUGACAAGGAUGCCAUUUUGACCCAGUUCUGCGUUCAGACACCACAGCCACCUCCCAAAAGUGCCAUCAAACCGACAGGACAGAGGCGAUUCCUCAAGAAGAAUGAGGUUGGAAAGAUCAUCCUUUCACCUCUGGCUGCCACCACCAAGUAUCCAGUUUUUCAGGACCGACCAGUGUUGAAUUUGAAGUACGGCAAGCUGCUGAAGACGGUGGUGAGGCAAAGCAAGAACCACUAUUUGCUGGAGUAUAAGAAAGGAGAUGUCAUAGCCCUCCUCAGUGAGGAGAAGAUAAGGUUAAAAGGGCAACUGUGGACCAAAGAGUGGUAUAUUGGCUACUACCAGGGAAAAAUAGGCCUUGUGCACACCAAAAAUGUGCUAGUGGUUGGGAAGGUCAAGCCCAGCUACUUCUCUGGACCAGAUCUAACCACCAGCCUGUUGCUUGAACAGAUCCUGAGGCCUUGCAAGUUCCUGACCUACAUCUAUGCCUCUGUGAGGACUCUGCUCAUGGAGAACCUUAGCAGCUGGCGGUCCUUUGCCGACGCACUAGGGUACUUGAACUUGCCACUCAUGUUUUUCUGCCGAGCAGAGCUGGACAGUGAGCCAGAGCGAGUGGCUUCUGUCUUGGAGAAGUUGAAGGAAGACUGCAACAACACGGAGAAUAAGGAGAGGAAAUCUUUCCAGAAGGAGCUGAUGACGGCCUUGCUGAAAAUGGACUGCCAGGGGCUGGUUGUCCGGCUCAUCCAGGACUUCGUGCUGCUGACCACAGCCGUGGAGGUGGCCCAGCGCUGGCGAGAGCUUGCUGAGAAGCUGGCCAAGGUCUCCAAACAGCAGAUGGAUGCCUAUGAGGCCCCACAUCGGGACAAGAUGGGGACAGUGGACAGCGAGGCCAUGUGGAAGCCAGCAUACGACUUCCUCCUCACCUGGAGCAGCCAGAUGGGUGAUAGCUACCGUGAUGUGAUCCAGGAGCUGCAUACUGGGCUCGACAAGAUGAAGAACCCCAUUACCAAGCGCUGGAAACACCUCACCGGCACCCUGAUCCUUGUCAACUCCUUGGAUAUGCUGCGAGCAGCUGCCUUCAGCCCCCAAGAUCAUGAGGAUUUUGCCAUCUAAAUGCCUGUAUUGACAGUUUUGUCCACGUAUUUGUUGGUAUUUUUCUGUGCUUUUUUUUUUGUCCCUUUUUUUUAAGCAGUUGACCUUAAAAAGAAGUGGAGGUUACUCUCUCCAGGUUUUAAAGAGGCCAAGUUCUUCACCAGGGCUGGAAAUCAGCAGGUGGGAAGGCAUCCAGAAGGAAAUGGCUUCUCAUACAGCAUUGAUAACCAGUUAAACUAUUUCUUACUAAAACACUUUAAAAGGGACAAGGGAGUGGGGUGGAGUCACAAACAGAGAUCAGGUUUUUUAAGCAUUUGCAAAUAAAAGUCCAAUUUUUGUAACCAGCAGCAAAGGUUGUAACCACUUGGGGCAGGGGAGAAGCGGUGGCUUUUUUAACAUUGUAGAGACUGCUUUUAAAUUACGGAGUUUGAGACAAAUGCAAGUCAUGUAAAUACGUGUUUGAAGAGGAAGCACAGCAAAUGCCCUCCCCCACACUAUGAUCAAGCUCUGGUAGACUCCCAGAGAUGACUGUAAAGCACUGUAUGAUGUCAGAAUGUCCGUAGCCCAAUGAGGAUCUUACACUAAAAAGGAGCUUUUUGAGGGGUUUUUUUAUUCACUCUGACCCAUUUGGUUGGUUUUUGUUUAUUUUCCUGUCUCUCCAAACUGGCUUUUUCUUAUUGGUGGUCAGGAAGAUGCCUGCUUGCAGAUGCACAAGCACUAUUUUUAGCCAGGAGAAGUGUCUGCUGCCCCUUGUGCUUUGUCCCACCCAGGUGCUUCUCUGGAAGAAGCUGGAGGCUUGGGAUUCAGCAGAGACCUCUGUGGGAGAUGGAUCAGGAGGAUGGUGAGGGCAGCUCACACUGCCACAUCAGCAAACUCUCCAGAUGCUGCUGCUCUGGAUAAGAGGCCAGAAAAGGAAGAGAGAAUUGUUGCUUUCCAUAUAUCUCUUUACACACGUGCAAACAAAAACACAAAAGAAGGAAAAGAGAAAACGUCUCCUCAUUUGAAAUCCAAGCUCACUGGAGAUGCUCCAGAUGUUUUAUGUGACUUCACUGUCAUUGCUGUUGAUUUCAGAGCGCUUCUGCAAGGCUCCAGAAGUCCAGUUUAACUUGUCAAUAAGCUAUAAACCUGGGGCCAUUGAGCUGUAUAUUUAUGACAGUGAGUGCUGGGGUUUUCCUCUGUUCAUUUUGUAGCCAAGGCUUUGUGAGUGGAUUCCCUUCCUCCUUCCACUCCUCAACUUCCAAAUAUUUCACACGAGAGAAUUAUUUUUGCACAGAAAGAUUAUUUUAAGUGCAAAGUCUCUUCAUAGUGAAAUGCUGCUACUAUGGGAAAGUUGUUAAAGGGUGAUUUUCUUUCAGGUUAAUCCAGAAAAAAAAAGAAAACAAAUGAGAAAGGCAGCUGGUGGAUCGUGGCAGCACAGGAAGCUCAGGAGGGAACAACCUCUUCCCAAAAUCACAUCCCCAGAACUGAUCUCUUUCAACAGACCCCACAAGAAGUAAAUAGCACCUUAAAUUUCUUCUCAGGAGCUUUAAGGAGUUUCCUAUGCAACUUCUUGUAGCACAGAGAGGGUCAGUCGGUUGACAGUGGAGCCCACGGCCUGUCCCUGUCCUCUUGCCCUGAGGUGUGCACGAGCUGACCCCAACUGCAGUAAGGAAUAUCAUAUGUGCAGGUGAGGGGCAUCUUCCUCCCAGGCUUCUAGCCAAAUCUUGGCUUUGGCAGAGCGGAAUGUGCUGUAGGAGGGGCUGGUUCUGCAUAGGGGCCAGGGCUCUGCAGAGUGGCUCCCCUGGGACCCUGCAGUAGGUGAGGGCAGGGCUUGGAGCCUCCUGUGUUUCAGGGAUGCCCCAGAAGAAUUUCAGCUUUUUUUUUUUUUUAACUCCUUCCCUUGUUUUUUUAAUCUACCUCAAGGAUGCCAUAUACCCAGUUCAGCAUUUCAGCAGCAGCCUGGAACUUGCCGUGCUCAGCUCGUUGAUAGCCUGUACUGUCCCUGAGACCCGUGGCAGCACAGCCAGCACAUUCCAGUAUGUUUCGGGGCCCAUGGGGUGACACUGCAUUGAUUUGUCCCAGUCCUUGGUCUGAAAUCCAGUCCCUCCUCACCACGUGCCAGGACUGGGUUUGUGUUCUCUGGAUGCCUUCUGCCCACCAAACAUCAGGCCUUUCUUCAAAACCUCUGGGCUUUGCAUUAUCACCCUUCAUGCAGUAACUGGUUAUUGUAUUUGCUGUUUAAUGUUCUUUUUUUUUUCCUUUUUUAAAGACAAAAAAUUUGGGAAAAAAAAGUCCGAUUAAAGCUCUCAAG